AUGGACUUUGGCGGAUGCUUUGGCUCCACGCAGAAACGCACCAUAGUUGGUGGUUACGCAUGGGCGUGGUGGCUGGUCACCGAUGUGCAGCGUAUCUCCCUCGAGGUUAUGACCCUUAACCCGAUGUGCGAGUACGUGGAAACCGCUCAAGGUGUUCCCCUGACGGUGACCGGCGUUGCCCAGUGCAAGAUCAUGAACGAAGACGAGCUGCUCACCACUGCGUGCGAACAGUUCCUCGGGAAGAGCGUGAAGGAGAUCAAGAGCACGAUUCUGCACACACUCGAGGGACAUCUGAGAGCUAUACUUGGAACGCUUACAGUAGAAGAGGUGUACAGGGACAGAGAUCAGUUCGCGGGGCUGGUGCGCGAGGUGGCGGCGCCCGACGUCGGCCGGAUGGGCAUCGAGAUCCUCUCGUUCACGAUCAAGGACGUGUACGAUGACGUGCAGUACCUGGCGAGCCUGGGCAAGGCGCAGACGGCGGCCGUGAAGCGCGACGCCAACAUAGGGGUCGCGCAGGCGAACAGGGACGCCGGUAUUAGGGAAGCUGAAUGCGAGAAGAGCGCGAUGGACGUGAAGUAUUCAACGGACACGAAGAUAGAAGACAACAAUAGGCUGUACAAGUUACAGAAGGCGCAGUUCGACCAAGAAAUAAACACGGCCAAAGCUGAAUCUGCCCUGGCGUACGAACUUCAGGCCGCCAAAAUUAAGCAGAGGAUUCGAAACGAGGAGAUUCAAAUCGAAAUUGUCGAGAGACGUAAGCAGAUCGAGGUGGAGCAACAAGAAAUUCUACGUCGCGAGGAGGAACUGGUGUCGACUGUUCGCUUACCAGCCGAGGCAGAGGCUUAUCGUCUGCAGACCAUCGCCGAGGGCAAACGAACGCAAACGGUGGAGGCGGCGAAAGCGGACGCGGAGCGCAUCAAAGUGCUGGGCCUGGCUGAGGCCACUGCCAUAGGGGACGUCGGGAAGGCAGACGCUGAAAGGAUGCUGGCUAAAGCCAAGGUCUACAACCAGUACGGCGAGGCGGCAAUCAUGGCUCUAGUGCUGGACGCCCUGCCCAAGAUCGCGGCCGAGGUGUCGGCCCCGCUGGCGAAGACUGACGAGAUAGUGCUAGUCGGGGACAACGGGGCAACCGGCGAGAUGGCCCGCCUCGCCGGCGGAAUACCGCCCGCUCUCAAGUCCCUCACCGGCCUCGACAUCACGCAGGUGCUCAAGCGCCUGCACCCCACCGGCGCCGGAGAUGAUUCUUCUCUUCUCGCAAGUACUAGCAAGAAGAAGGAAAUGGCGACUUGC